AUGGAGCGUGGCCUCCUCAAUGCUCGUGGGUUCAUCCGUAUCUGGCUGUUCAGGGGCCAGCAUAAUAGCCUCGGUAAUCAGCGCCUCGCACCGACUCUCAGCAUCGUCCUCCCAGCUGAGAUCUGUCAUGUAGACCUCGGCAACGGCGCAGAGUGUAUCUGCCAGCUUUCUUCGUUUCUCUUGUGCAAGCCAAAGAAACUUUUCGGCACCGCCACCCAAAUCUUCCGGAAGCGAACCAUCUUCAUCCACCUUGACGGCAGACAGGAAGAACUGGCGAGCACUGUUAACCUCUCCCAACUCGACAUGUAUUUGACCCAGAAGGGACAGCGCGGCGCCAGCCUGUCGUCCGUUGUCUCCGAUGUGAUCAUACGCUGUCCUGGCGACUCUGGCGGCGCCCUCCGCAUCGCCGACCUCGAGCAUGCCGAUGGCUUGCACGAGAAGCUCUCUGGGGUUGACAUUUGA